CCGACAAGAUUCAAAUUGUUUGAAAGCCGAAACGGUUAUUCGAGGUUUCAUUGAGCGUCUUCGGAUGCAUUUCGUACGGGAAAAGGGCUGCUGAAGCAGUCAAUUAACACUUCGAAUUGACCACUGUGGUCGUUGUAUACCUCAAAAUAAGCAAUAGUAUGAGCAAGUUUCUGACCGAGUUAGAGUUCCAUUAGAAAAGCCUGAAGUCAUUUAAUCAAAAAGCAAGUAGGAGACUGUUAUCCCGAACGCCUUGUUUAUUGUUGUUUCUUUUCCACUGGCUUUUCGGGAACAUGGCCGAGUGUUGUACGCCGCCGAGGGUAAAGUGCAAGAGGGACAGAGCCGAGUUAAAUACACCGAUAAAAAUACCGGCUUCGCCUUUCCUGCAACAAAUAGGCUAUGGCACCGGAGUUGCAGUGUAUAUGUUGGAAAGGUCACCCAAAGUGGGCUCCAUACGUUCACCCUGGGCAGUGAAGAAAUGGAUGAAAGGAAGGAACAAUGAGACAAACGAUGGAUGUCUCCGGCUAGAAGCUGAAGUUCUGCGACAACUGAAUCAUCCCAAUAUCGUCGGUUUCAGAGCAUUCACCAAGGGAGUAGAUGGAAAGGCUUGCUUAGCUAUGGAAGCACUGGAAACAUCACUUGGUGACAAAAUUGAAGACAGACGAGACGCCUUGGAGGAUGAGCCAUUUCCAGCUAACGACAUUUUGAAAGUCGGUUUCGAAAUUGCAAAGGGACUGAAGUAUCUGCACCAUACUGCGCACAUAUUACAUGGAGAUAUAAAGAGUUGGAACAUCUUGGUAUCCCAUGGUUUUGACACUAUCAAACUGUGCGAUUUUGGAUGUUCUCUACCCUUGACAGAAUCUUUGGAAGUGGACACGUCAAAAGGCGACUUUUCUUAUGUUGGGACAGCAUGUUGGAAUCCUCCUGAGAUUGUAUUUGAAGAUGGACCGGUUACGAGUGCUGCCGAUAUUUGGACGUACGGCCUUAUUCUUUGGGAAAUGAUAGCUUUAACGGCACCUCACUGUGAAGAACUCGACGAAAACGACUCUUUUAAAAAGUCAAUUUCAUCGGAAGACACGAUAAAAGAUCAAUUUGAUGAAUCUGACACUAGUAUGAACGAAAAUGCAACUUUUCUCAAAGAAAUAAUGCCACGUAGAAACACUAAAUAUGGUACACGUCCAGCCCUACCUGCCAUCGACUUGGACGAAGAGUAUGAAAAGAUACUGGAAAUAUUUUUUAUAUGUACUACAAUUUACAAAUUAAGGCCUAGCGCGAAAGCACUGGUAAACUACUAUGAAAAACACGCAAAUAUUAACAAAAAAUAAUUGUAAGUUAUAAUUGUAAAUUUAUCAUAUGCACUAUAAUUUUUAUUCAUAACUUUCACCAACAUUAAAAUCAUUAACAUAAACUACAUUUAUAAGAUAUCUUGUAUAAAUUUUUUAAAGUAAUAUAAUAAAUAUAAGAAAA